AUGGAGACUGUUGUGCUGGCUGCUGCAAGCAGCUCUGUCGACGUCGGCCCUGCUCUGCUGCUGCUGUUAGCGAACAACGAGCACCGUGAGCGCCCCGAGCGCCCCAUCAUCCCCUCAAUCCGCUUCGUGUUGAGCAGCAAGUCUGAUGUCAACUGCGUCAAGGACUUUAGGUUCGAGAGAGCGGCUAUCUACCAGCUCGUGGAGCUAUUUGCGCUACCUGAGUAUGUCAUCACCGCUUAUCGCGACAGGCUGCACCGCACAGAGGCACUAUGCAUACUCCUCUAUCGCACAAGCUACCCACGACGGAACUACGAUGUUCUGACCAAGUUUGGCCGCUCGGAAGCUGCCAUCAGCCGCAUUUGCACUCAUUUGAUGAUCUGGUUGUAUGAGCGCUUCAAAGAGCUGAUCUACUUUCAGAAGACCGUUUGCAGCAAGAAUAUACGUCGAUAUGCGCAAGCAAUCCAUGACAAGGGUGCGCCAAUGCACAAUGUGUUUGGUUUCAUUGACGGGACCAAGAACCCGAUCUGCCGCCCGUCUCCGAGGCCCGGGCACCGCGAAAACUUGCAGAAGCAGGUGUACUCGGGGCACAAGCGAGUACACUGCCUGAACUACCAGGCUGUGGUCGUCCCCGAUGGACUGACCAUCCACUUUUGGAGGUCCAUCGAGGGCAAGCGGCACGACAUCACACUACUAAGGGAAAUCAAGCUUACAGAGUAUUUGGAGGCUAGAGAGUCCAACUUUGUCGACUUCUUGCUGUACGGCGAUCCCGCAUACGGGGUACAGCGCUUCAUCGUAUCAGGCUUUAAGAAAGCGCAAUUGACAGCUGGAGAGCAAGCCUUCAACGCAGCUAUGAGCUCCGUUCGCGAAUCCGUCGAGUGGAAUGGGCAUAUUGACUACAAGAAGAAGCUUAAACUGCGCCAGAGCCCAAUUGGUAAGCUAGUAAAUGUGUGCAUGUUGCUCACAAAUUGCCACUGCUGCUAUUACGGUGGGAACGAGAUCAGCAAGUAUUUUUAUUUGAAGCCGCCAUCGCUAGCGGAGUAUCUAGAUCUAAUUUCAAAAAGAAAGCCCAGUCUUCUUCGCGCUCACGAGCACGUGUAG